GUUGUUACUGUUGUGUUUCGGUUGAUCAAACAACGUUUAAAGUCGUUUCUUCGUUAAUUAUAUUAAUUCGUUUCGCUGGUCCAAAAGCCUAAGAUGCUUUAUUCUUUGUCACUCCUGCUGUUUAUGGUGAGAAGGAAGAGCGAUUGAUCCAGAAAAAAAUUAAUCGAAACAUCCAUCUUCUUCGAUUUCACUGCGAUUUUUGUUGGUAAUUUCCUUUAUUUUCAGUAUGAGAGAAGGAAAAUCCGUUAAAUUUAAUAUUCAGCAGCAGCAACAGAGUGGUCACAUCUCUCAGUUUAAAUUCGCCAAAUUGUUAGAUCCCGAAGCUUCGUGGGACAAGGAUCAAUUGGGCGAUGUUUUACAUUGGAUUCGGCAAGUUGUUGCCCUUGUAUGUGGGUUACUGUGGGGUGCUGUUCCUUUCAUUGGAGCCAUUUGGAUUGUCGUAUUUCUGGUGCUAUCCUCGGGAAUUAUUUAUGGGUAUUAUUCCAUAAUACUAAAAAUUGAUGAGGAAGAUUUUGGAGGUCAUGGAGCCCUCCUUCAGGAUGGACUUUUCGCAUCAUUAACUCUCUUUCUACUUGUGUGGAUCCUAAUAUACAGCUUAGCACAUUUCUGACUAGCAGUUUCUGCUGAUGGGGCAAAUGCUUACCUACUGGAUUUUCCUUUCUCAUUGUCCUCCAUUUUCAUUUUGGACAAUUUGCUCAAUUCAGUGAGCCACAAUUGGUUACGCCCACAGAAGAAAAGAAUUUAAGGUUUUACCCAACAGAUUUUUCACCCCUUUCGCAUAAUUAAUGAUGUUUUCAUUCAAUUGCCAUGUUAUGGCACCUAGCUGGCAUAGAUGCAGGAAGCAAUGUAAUUGUGCAGUUUGUACCUGAACCAAUUAUGGUGACAGAGGGUACAGGAGCCAUGGAAUUGUAGGAUGGUGAGUUUCAUUGAUUUUUUCUUUGUAGCCUACUUUAAUUUAAAUCGUAAGUUUGUUUCUUUCAUUCACA